GAAAAAAUAAACUCUGAACUAGUGUAGCCAGUUCAGCUAUAAAGAACAGAUUUAAUAUAACCUCUGAGCAGAAGUCCAAAUUCAAUAAUAUUCUAUAAUAUUCUAACGCGCCUUACAUGGAUUUACCAAUCAGACUGUCAAAUGUAUAUAUCAAAUCACCGGAUUAAAUGUGAAGUCUCGUCCAAAACAAAGCGUAUUAUCGCUAACGUUUCACUUGUCACACGGUGAAGAUGCUUACUCCAAAAGAUACUACAAAAUUGCUGGAACUUGUCGAUGAGGAGAAGUUGGACACCAGUUUAGAAAGUCUCUGUAUCCAGUUGCACCAAAUCUUUUCCAAAGAAGAUCGCUUUGAGGUAGGAACAACGUUACUGCUACAGUUACAACAUAUUGAUUUAUUGCCGAAGCUCGUUCAACGUGUAAUAGCGUUGACAUUACUCUUUGACUUGUACAAAGGAGAGCCGUUGGCUUCCACGCCUUUUGCCAGUGUAUUUGUACAGGUAUUGAAGUCACAGGAAGACACUAAUAAUGGAAAGCUACCUACAGGUCACAUACCAUCUUUGUCUAAUUGCGAGAAGAAUUUACUGGUUAAUUUACUAGGAUACAAUCAAAAGGAUAUUAUGAAAAAAACACCGCGCCAAAUUGUUGACGAAUUCUCUUUUGCUCCUGUGCCAUCUAUCGAUUUAACCAACUUACAAUUACAAUUAGCAGAACAUCAAUCCGAGCUACCUUCUGUUAGUAAGUGCGGCAAUCCUGUAAUCCUGCCUGAUAUGGAUCACUCUAAAGGAACAGAAUUUGACAAGUCCAGUGUAAAGAACAUAACAGAAAUGCUUACUAGUGGUGAUCCACCUUUGUGCAGACAAAGUUAUCGUCCCGAGUUCUUGAGGCUAAUGCCACCACUUUUUCACUCCAUCAACGAAAUAGCUUGGAUGAACGUCACAGAGCCAACUCAAUUUAAAAUUGAGUAUGACACCAGUAUGUGCGUGUCGAAUUGUGCUGGUGCGGAAGCUCGUAAACUGAUGGGCAAGGCAUUCAAGAGUGUGCUAACGUUACAGCAACAACAGUACUUGGUCAAUGAAUUGGACAACGAUCCGAAGCUUGUUUAUCACAUUGGGCUCACGCCUAGCAAAUUGCCAGACCUAGUCGAGAAUAAUCCUCUAAUUGCCAUCGAAGUUUUAUUAAAAUUAAUGCAAUCCAGUCAAAUCACGGAAUAUUUCAGUGUGUUAGUGAAUAUGGAGAUGUCUCUUCACUCUAUGGAAGUUGUAAACAGAUUAACCACCACUGUGGACCUACCGACAGAAUUCGUCCAUUUAUAUAUCAGUAAUUGUAUAUCUACUUGUGAAACUAUUAAGGACCGUUAUAUGCAAAACCGAUUAGUACGACUCGUUUGCGUAUUUCUGCAGUCCCUGAUAAGAAACAAGAUCAUAAACGUGCAAGAACUAUUUAUCGAGGUUCAAGCAUUUUGCAUUGAGUUUAGUCGCAUCAGGGAAGCUGCUGCGCUAUUCAGGCUGUUAAAACAAUUGGAAUCUGGUGAUACUGGUGGGCUUAAUGCUCCACCUACAAAAAGUAAUAUAAGCAUAACAUAAUAAAAUAGAUGUGUUAACACAAUAUCAUGCUUUUGAAUAUUAGAAUUUACACUGUAAGAGACAUCAUUAAUUAAUUAUGUAAAUAAGUUCCAUAAAAAAAGAACUUAUUCCUACAUGUCCCACAUCGUAUUUUGAAACGUGUAUCUAAUUAGAUUGUAUAAUAUUGUAAGAUUAUAUCCAUAAAUUAUUAAAGAAAAAAAUAGCCUUUGAAAUUAUUUCCAAUCGUAUGUAAAAAAUCACGUUUAACAUACAUUAAAUAUCUUAAACAAAUUUUUAUUAAAAAUUUAUAUAUGAUUUCAACAUCAUGUGUUUAUAAAUGAAUUAAAUUAAUCAUAUAUACAUAGAACAUUGAGAAUAAUACAGGGAUGAUUGUGAAACGUAUUUUUAAAAUUUGAUAUAUUAUGUCUAUAUUAAUAUUUUAUAACAUAUUCUAUCGUGUAAUAAACAAAUAAAAGUCUUACAUGUGUAAAUGAGUUUUAUAAUUGUAAAAUUUUUACACUUUUGUACCUGUCGUAUUCCACACUCUCUUUCAAGUGGAUGACAAUAAUAAAUAUCGCAGUCGUACAAUUUUGCUACUUAUUUUACAAAUGGCCUUAUUGAUUAAUAUGUACAUUUCUCACAUUAGCAGUUGGUUUGUGAUAAUAACCUUUUAUUUUAUAUAUUUACAGGAUUGGUGCUGAAAAAAAAAAUAUAUAUGGAAUAAAAUUCUAUUAGAUGUAUUUGUUGUAUGUAUCAACUGCGUAACAAAUUUUGCAAUAUUAUAAUUACAAAUAUAUGUUGUAAUUUAGUGUCUUCGUAUGAAGUUCAUUUCCAAUUAAUUCGAGCAAUAUUCUUCAACUAUUCUUCUAUACAAGAUUAGGCAGAAUUGUACAGACUAUAACACUCCAAUCAACGCCAUAUGCUCGAUAUAAUUUUUAUAGAUUGACAUUUGCCUUAUUGCUGUUAUUAAUUUAACGAUAAUAAUUUGAUUUAUUAUCGACAGCAUCAUCGGUUUCACAAUUCAUAAAUAUUACAUACACGCUUCAAAAUUGAAUAUUUUAUACAUGCAAGACAAUUUUAUAUAUCGCAUCCCCGCAAAAAGUGACACAAGUCAAAAAUAUAAAAUUGUUCCCCGCAAUAAAAUUGCGUUAAUAAUAACGUUUCCUAUUAAUAAUAUCAUGAAUAG